CCAUUUUUUUUCCUCGUCUCCCUCCUCUAAUACUCUCUGUUUCCUUCCUCAUCUCUCCCUUGUUUCUCCCCUCUUUGACUCUUUUCAUCAUACCUAAUAGAGGGAACAAAUCACAAACGGGUCCUCUUUUCUCAAAGAGCGUGUAGAUGGAGGAGGGGAAAGAAGAGGGGGUGGGACUUUACAGAGCUUAGAAAUUAGACCCACCUAUCCCAAACUCAUCAUCUUCUUCUACUUCCGAUUCCAAUUACCUUACACUACUUAGUUAAAAAUGGAACCAAUCGCCACGGUCGGCGCGGCUUUCGCCCUCGCCUUCGCCCGAUACUUCGCGGCGAAUCCGCUUCCUCGGCCGCGGCUUCCUCCUCCUCCCUCUGCUUCAGUGACAGGGUCUGAUCAUUCGGGAAAAGAUGGAGAGAUUUGCACUGUUUCCAGAACUGGCAAUUUCGGAGGAAUCAGUAAUGGCCUUAGAGUUCUACAAAGUGAAGAUGCUUUCGCAAAAGUAAUCCACGGCGCAUCGGCCGCCGCGAUCAGAACCGCUCCUUCAAUCAGUUCAAAUUCAGAGGAUGAAGAGCCUAAUCAAGCAGCUGUAACAGAGGAUGAUGCGACUAAAGAAGGCCGGAAAACCGAUUUGAUCGUUCGUGCGAGCGACGAGAAACCCAAUAGCCAAGAUUUGGAGAUGGAGCAGGAGAUCAUGCGCCUUCGGAAUUUGGUAGAGUCCCUCUCCCAGAGACAAAGAGAACUCGAGAUGGAAAUGCUCGAAAACUAUGGAUUAAAAGAGCGGGAGGCUGCGACGAAAGAGCUCGAGAAUCGGCUUAAAAUAAGCUCUGUAGAGGCCAAGUUCUUAACUUUGAAGGUUGAGUCAUUACAAGACGAGAACCAGAGGCUUAAAAAUCAAAUUUUGGAGUUUGAGGGGCUGAAAAAUAAGCUAGAAUUGAUGAAGGCGAAGAUUAAGCUUCUAAAGAAGCAGCUUAAAUUGGACGGAGAGGAGACGAGGGCGAGGAUGGCGGAGCUUAAAAAUAGGAUUGAUGUGUUGGCGGAGAAGGAGAAUAAAGAUGAAGAAGAGAAAACAGAGCUCGAGAGCAAGUUGGCGAGGCUGACGCAGUUAGACGAAGAGGCCGCGAAGCUUCGAAAGAUGAAUUCGAGGCUCGAAGAAGAGAAUUUGGAGUUGGCGCGGAAGUUGGAGAGUUUCAAGAGCCCUGAGGAAGAUAUACUGGAGGAAGCAAUUAGAUUACGAGAGGCCAACGAGAAUCUAUCGAAGGAAAUCGAACGGCUGCGAAGCAAUCAAUGCAGGGAUAUCGAGGAACUGGUGUACCUCAGAUGGAUCAAUGCAUGCUUAAGAUACGAGUUAAGGAAUUUCCAGCCCCCUCCAGGGAAAAUAUCAGCAAGAGACCUCAACAAAAUCCCUAGCCACAGGUCAGAAGAAAAGGCCAAACAGCUCAUAUUGGAAUACUCAAACUCAGCAUGUAAUAUUGAUACAUUUUCCUCGUCUCAAGAAUCGCCAUGCGGUUUCACAACAGCGAAAAGAAGCAGCGGUUCGGAAAAGCCGCCGAAGCUCUACAGCAAGCUCAAGAAGCUGGUGUGUGGAACAAGCAGAAGCAGCGGUAGGAAAAUCGCGUCUGCAGGUCAAUCUCCUACAAUGUGGAGCAGCUCAGAAAGAGCAGAAGCUUCGCCCAUGAGCUUCACGGUAGACGACGAGUUUACGAGGAAGUCAUUUGAUAGUCUCUCUUCGUGCCUCUCCCCGGAACAAGUACGCGACCAACUCCGACGACCGCAGAACCACUCGCGGUCGAGGAGCGAUGUUGUAUUUUCCUUUGAUGGAAAGAAUACGGAAUUCGGAGAGGGGAGUCCCGUCUUCUAUCCAAACCGGCGCGGUUCGGAGAUGGACCCUGGAGAAUUUGAUGCAGUUGAAGAGGUUGUGUUGAAGAGGUUUGCAGAAGCUUUGAGCAGUUCAAAUGCAUCACCUGAACUUUAGCAGAACAGGGACUGCUCAAUUGUAAUUCAUGUGAAUAAUUUUGUGCAAGUUUUGUUACUUGAUUUGCCGAUAAGCUGGGUCGCAUCAGUUAGGCCUCAUUUGGUGUUGCAGUGGCUAAAAGUACCGACUUUUGUGCUCUAAAAAAAAAAUCAUAUAUUUCUCCAGCAACAGUUGUUACCGUAAUUUUACAGCAAAAGGCAAAAAAGAUUGAAAGGAACUUUAGAUUUUC